ACAGCAAGGAAGACCAUCGGGAGUCAGGUAUCUCCACAAAGGCUGUUCCCAUGGCAGCAGACUACUUUGGAUUCUCCUAUGUUCGGGCAGCUGAAAAAGAAACCAACGUGGCCAUCAACAAUGCAGCCGACAUCUCGGUGAUUGUGAUUUAUUUUGUGGUUGUCCUGGCUGUUGGGAUAUGGGCAAUGGUGAGCACCAAUCGGGGCACGGUGGGUGGAUUCUUUCUGGCUGGACGCAGCAUGGUGUGGUGGCCGAUCGGGGCAUCACUGUUUGCCAGCAACAUUGGAUCCGGGCACUUUGUGGGCCUGGCUGGGACGGGCGCAGCGGCAGGCAUCGCCAUCGGGGGCUUCGAGUGGAACGCUCUCAUCGUGGUGAUCAUUCUGGGGUGGCUCUUUGUACCCAUUUACAUCAAGGCUGGGGUGGUCACCAUGCCGGAGUACCUGAAGAAGAGGUUCGGCGGACAGCGCAUUCGGAUCUACCUCUCUGUGCUCUCCCUGCUACUCUACAUCUUCACGAAAAUCUCUGCAGACAUGUUUUCCGGGGCCAUAUUCAUCAACCAGGCCCUGAACCUGAACAUCUAUGUUGCCGUGGUCCUGCUGCUGCUGAUCACUGCCCUCUACACGGUCACAGGUGGCCUGGCAGCGGUGAUCUACACCGACACCUUGCAGACCAUCAUCAUGGUCAUCGGCUCCUUCAUCCUAAUGGGAUUUGCCUUCAAUAAAGUGGGGGGCUAUAACAACUUUUAUAACGGCUACAUGAACUCCAUCCCCGCCAACGUGAGCGCCAACAUCAGCGAGGCGUGCUACACGCCCCGCUCAGACGCCUUCCACAUCUUCCGGGACCCCAUCACUGGCGACAUGCCCUGGCCCGGACUGGUCUUCGGCCUCACCAUCCUGGCCACCUGGUACUGGUGCACGGACCAGGUGAUCGUGCAGCGCUGUCUGUCUGCAAAGAACAUGUCUCACGUCAAGGCCGGCUGCAUCCUGUGUGGCUACCUAAAGCUGCUUCCAAUGUUCCUCAUGGUCUUCCCUGGCAUGAUCAGCCGCAUCUUGUACACAGAUGUGGUUGCCUGUGUCGAUCCGGACAAGUGUGAGGCCUACUGUGGCACGAGUGUGGGCUGCACCAAUAUCGCCUAUCCCAAGAUGGUAGUGGACCUCAUGCCGAACGGCCUUAGGGGGCUGAUGCUGUCAGUCAUGUUGGCGUCCCUCAUGAGCUCGCUCACCUCCAUCUUUAACAGCGCCAGCACGCUCUUCACCAUGGACAUCUACACCAAAAUCCGGCCCUCUGCCUCCGAAAAGGAACUCAUGAUCGCUGGCAGGGUUUUUAUCUUAGGCCUGAUUGCUGUCAGCAUUGCCUGGAUCCCCAUCGUCCAGACGGCACAGAGCGGUCAGCUAUUUGACUACAUCCAGUCCAUCACCAGCUACCUGGGCCCACCCAUCGCCGCCGUCUUCCUGUUGGCCAUCUUCUGCAAGCGUGUCAAUGAGCCGGGGGCCUUCUAUGGGCUGCUGGUGGGGUUGUUCAUUGGGUUGGCUCGGAUGAUUACGGAGUUUGCCUACGGGACGGGCAGCUGCGUGAACCCCAGCAACUGCCCCAAGAUCAUCUGCCGCGUUCACUACCUCUAUUUUGCCCUCAUCUUGUUCGGAAUCUCCUGUGUGCUCGUCCUGGGCAUAUCUCUGAUGACAAAGCCCAUCGAUGACAAGCAUCUACACCGACUCUGCUGGAGUCUGCGGAACAGCACCGAAGAGAGGGUGGACCUGGAGGUGGAUACCUGGGAUGCUAAACCCAGCGAUGAUAAAUCCAUGAAGGUGGAAGAGCCAGCCGAGGACCCCAGCUGCUGGAAAAAGGCCUAUAACUGGUUCUGUGGCUUCGAGCAGGGUGCAGCCCCCGAGCUGAGCCCCGAGGAGCAGGCUGAGCUGCAGAAGAAGUUGACCGACACCUCAGAGAACCCUGUCUGGAGGAACGUGGUCAACGCCAAUGCCAUCAUCCUCCUCACCGUGGCCAUCUUCUUCUACGCCUACUUCGGCUAGUGGCCCCCCAGCCGUCAAGGACCCCAGCCUCUAACCCCCCCCCCCACCCGCAGAGUCUCUCUCUUUCUACUUCCCUCUCGCUUCGAUCUUCACUCGUCCCAGAACAAAUACAUGCGACUGAAAGCAUAUUUUUACUGAACCGCUCAUUUGAUGUAAGGAAUAUUAAAGCAGGGCUGUAUUUAUCUACA